AAUGAAGUCCACUUCUCUUAAAUUUUUCAUUUUGGCUGUUACUAGCAUUGCCGUUUGCUGGGCUGGCAAAAUUCCAACAUCGAAAAAUAGCGAAGAAUUAAAGCUCCGUUAUCCAUUUUUGCAAGUCGAUCCUCUGACAGCUCGAGCUUUGUUGGAUAACGAUUUUGAAAGUGGCACUGAGGAACCUUGGUACGACAGUUCACCAAACACUGUCCAUUGGGUUGUCGAAGAUUUCAGUUCUCCGGCAGAAGGUUAUUCGCCUCCUGCUCCAUUAUCAAAUGGCGCCAAAUAUUUGAGGGCCACCCGCGAUGCCCAACAAACUGCCGGCCAAGUUAUUCUGCGCACGGUGACAUUCACGGCAUUGCCCGGAGACGUGAUCUCCUUCGACUUCUGGAUUCGGUCGCGAUACACCGGUGCAAAUGCGCUGGACUUGGUUUUAUCUGUGGACGAUGUGGAAACAACUUUGAUUAGUUUAUCUGGCUAUUCGACUUCAGUGAACUUGGAAUGGCGUCGAUCAUUCGUCACCAUCCUUGACAUUACUGCGCCUCCAACGGGACGUGACGUAACGUUGAUAUUUUAUGCCUACUGCGGAGGGAAUACAGAUGAUGCUAUCGCCCUUGAUAACAUCUUCCUCAUUCCAGCUUCCUUUGACGGAAAAGAUGAAUAGAAACCAAAGAAUGCUUUUAUUUUAGAUAAAGGUCAAAAUAGACAUUAUGCAAUCCAUUUUAUUCAACAAUAUAAAUCAUGAAACCGA